AUGGAACUUGAAAGCAUGGGAAAUUCUGACCACUCUUAUGCCAGAAAACGCCAUUAUGACCACACCUAUGCUAUGAAUGCACCAAUGAAUGUAUCAAAUGAUGCUGCUGCUGUACUUGUACCGUCACACAUAACAACUGUAGUUGAUACAGCAGAUGGUUCACUGGAAUCCAUGCCACCUAUUGCGGGACCGUCGACUGAGGCAUCUCAUCGAAAUUCAGAGCCCGUCUCCUCUGCAGAUCAACCUUGCAUUGCGGUUGUGGAGCCAUCAUUUGAGCAAACUCCACCGCAAACAGGUAACAAGAACAUAAAUGUACAUCAGAUCUAA